AAAAUGUAACUUAGAUAUUGGGUUUCACAACGUAAAGUGCUUUGAGUCACUAGAGAAAAGCGCUAUAUAAAUAUAAUUCAAUUAAAAAAUUCAAGUCAAGCCUGCAAGCUCCCCUUCAGGAAGUGGCGCCUUCUAACCACACAGGAAGUGUUCGAGUCCCGUCAGCUCGUCGUCUUUGUAGAGGACGCCGGCUGUCAAUUUUCAAGCUGCAACUUCUCGCACCAAGAUUAGACAUCUGGGGGGUCCGUCAGGUCGGGUUCUGGCCCUGCCCAGAUAAAGAGCUAUCAUGCUGCAGCCACGAAAGGAGGGUAUUUAAAAAAAAAAAAAAAAAAGGAGUGGCACCUCUCGGGCUUUUUCCGCUUCUGGUAUGAAACUUUUUCAUCUGCGUAUUUGAACACAUCACAGCGUGACAAAAGGUUUGAUGUCCCAAAGCUAGGGAGCCUUUAUAAUUAUGUAAUAAAUCUGCACCGUUUUAAGUCGUCCGCUCAGAUUUAUGACGGCCCCGUAUCAAGAAGGAUGACAAAUUGGAACCGGCAGUCGGCGAGAGGCGAGCGCACGUCCACGGAAGACACGGAAACGGUGUGAUGCUUUAGGAGGGAACGUUGGACAUCCCGUCGCCAUGGCCGGCCUGACUCGCCCUCUCUGCAACGGCUCGGGACAAAGAUGGGGGUUGCCAUGGUGAUCAUUUACAAGAAGACGCUGGAGAAGAAGGGCGCCGACGAUGUGACGUCCAAAAACACGCAUUUGAGCUCGUUCCAGGCACAGACCAUGAGCCAGGGGACCGCCCUCUUCUCUCCUGGACUCAUGGAUACAAGGCGGUGGUGUGAGGCGGCGCACCAGAGGCCAGUCGGGACCAGCCUGGAGAGCCUGUGGGACGUCCUGCCCGAGGUGCACGGGACGUCCGCCCACUGGGGCUGGGACGUCGGCACCGCCUCCAGCACCAUCACCAGCCUGCUGCAGGACCUCAGCCUGACCGAGGCCGCCUCCUCGCUGGUCACGGCGCCGCCCAGCAAGAGGCAGUGCAGGUCCUUGUCCUGCUCUGAUGAACUCCAUCGCAGCGCCUGGCGCCCCCAGGGCUCCCGCGUGUGGACCAGCGUGGAGAAAAGGCGGUGCCACAGCGGCGGUAGCGUCCAGCGCGGCGGAACCAGCGCCGCCGCCUCCAGAGGGGCUCAGGCGGGCAUGCAACGCAGCUCCAGCUUCAGCCUGCCCGCCCGCUGCAACCCCCAAGACCUGCCCUGCUUCCCCACGACCAGUCCCACGGUCCAGCCCCUCUACCUCUCUCACGAACAGAUCCCCGAGCCCAUCAGCUCCCCGGACUCCACCCCUGAGAUGGAGCGCCGCGGUGGCCUGGCUCGUAGCCGCUCGCAACCUUGCGUCCUCAACGACAAGAAGAUCGGCGUGAAGCGCAGGAGACCGGCGGACACGCAGAGGCCUUCGCUGGAUCUGGCCAAGAUGACCCAGAAACUUCGUAACUUCCACAGCCUGAGCUGCCCCGGGAUAACGGGCCACGAUAUCCGCGAGUCCGGCCAAAGCCCGGCCCCUCCCGCCAGGGAGGACUCCUCCACGAACAGUCCGGGCCGCGUCCCGGGUGAGACCCAGCUCGCCUUCGAGGAGACGGACUGGAUCGGGAAGACGAAGGUGCCUCUGUGGGCGGGGCUUUGCCACGCCGGGAAGGAGGGGGCGUAUCUCCUCGGCGGCGAACUCGACAUCGAGCAAAUCGAGAGGAACUGAGACGGAGCGUUUUCAAGUCUUAAAAGCGGGACGUUAUGCACUAGGGGGGGGAGGGGGGUGAAUCUUUGGGCGCCGAACGAUUCAAUCUGAUUCCUGGGGAGCCGAUUCCAUUCAGAAUCGAUUCUCGAUUCAAACCGCGUCUCGCAGUGUAUUAUUUGGAAUAAUAAGUACAAAACCCAAAAGCAGUGAAGUUGUCACGUUGUGUAAAUGGUAAAUAAAAACAAAAUACAAUGAUUUGUUAAUCCUUUUCAACUUAUAUUCAAUUGAAUAGACUGCAAAGACAAGAUAUUUCAUGUUCACACUGAGAAAAUGGAUUUAUUUUUUGCAAAGAAUCAUUAAGUUAGAAUUUAAUGGCAGCAACACAUUGCAAACAUUUUUUACCACUGUGUUACAUGGCCUUUCCUUUUAACAACACUCAGUAAACGUUUGGGAAUUGAGGAGACACAUUUUUGAAGCUUUUCAGGUGGAAUUAUUUCCCAUUCUUGCUUGAUGUACAGCAGGGGUCACCAACGCGGUGCCCGCGGGCACCAGGUAGCCCGUAAGGACCAGAUGAGUAGCCCGCCGGCCUGUUCUAAAAAUAGCUCAAAUAGCAGCACUUACCAGUGAGCUGCCUCUAUUUUUUAAAUUGUAUUUAUUUACUAGCAAGCUGGUCUCGCUUUGCCCGACAUUUUUAAUUCUAAGAGAGACAAAACUCAAAUAGAAUUUGAAAAUCCAAGAAAAUAUUUAAAGACUUGGUCUUCACUUGUUUAAAUAAAUUCAUUCAUUUUUUUACUUUGCUUCUUAUAACUUUCAGAAAGAUAAUUUUAGAGACAAAAUACAACCUUAAAAAUGAUUUUAGGAUUUUUAAACACAUAUACCUUUUUACCUUUUAAAUUCCUUCCUUUUCUUUCCUGACAAUUUAAAUCAAUGUUCAAGUAAUUUAUUUUAUUUUUUAUUGUAAAGAAUAAUAAAUAGAUUUUAAUUUAAUUCUUAAUUUUAGCUUCUAUUUUUCCGACGAAGAAUAUUUGUGAAAUAUUUCUUCAAACUUAUUAUGAUUAAAAUUCAAAAAAAAUAUUCUGGCAAAUCUAGAGAAUCUGUAGAAUCAAAUUUAAAUCUUAUUUCAAAGUCUUUUGAUUUUUUUUUAAUUUUUGUUCUGGAAAUUCUAGAAAAAAUAAUCAUAUGUCUUUGUUAGAAAUAUAGCUUGGUCCAAUUUGUUAUAUAUUCUAACAAAGUGUAGAUUGGAUUUUAACCUAUUUAAAACAUGUCAUCAAAAUUCUAAAAUUAAUCUUAACCAGGAAAAAUUACUAAUGAUGUUCCAUAAAUUAUUUUUUUAAGUUUUUCUCUUUUUUUCGGUUGAAUUUUGAAUUUUAAAGAGUCGAAAUUGAAGACAAACCAUGUUUCAAAAUUUAAUUGUCAUUUUUUUCGUGUUUUCUCCUCUUUUAAACCGUUCAAUUAAGUGUAAAUAUCAUUAAUUAUUAAUAAUAACAGAGUUAAAGGUAAAUUGAGCAAAUUGGCUAUUUCUGGCAAUUUAUUUAAGUGUGUAUCAAACUGGUAGCCCUUCGCAUUAAUCACUACCCAAGAAGUAGCUCUUGCUUUCAAAAAGGUUGGUGACCCCUGAUGUACAGCUUAAGUUGUUCAACAGUCCGGGCGUCUCCGUUGUGCUAUUUUAGGCUUCAUAAUGCGCCACACAUUUUCAAUGAGAGACAGGUCUGGACUACAGGCAGGCCAGUCUAGUACCUGCACUCUUUUACUAUGAAGCCACGUUGAUGUAACACGUGGCUUGGCAUUGUCUUGCUGAAAUAAGCAGGGGCGUUCAUGAUAACGUUGCUUGGAUGCUCCAAAAGCUGUAUGUACCUUUCAGCAUUAAUGGCGCCUUCACAGAUGUGUAAGUUACCCAUGCCUUGGGCACCAAUACACCCCCAUACCAUCACACAUGCUGGCUUUUCAACUUUGCACCUAUAACAAUCCGGAUGGUUCUUUUCCUCUUUGACGUCCACAGUUAUCAAAAACAAUUUGAAAUGUGGACUCGUCAGACCACAGAACACUUUUCCACUUUGCAUCAGUCCAUCUUAGAUGAUCUCGGGCCCAGCGAAGCCGGCGGCGUUUCUGGGUGUUGUUGAUAAAUGGCUUUGGUUUUGCAUAGUAGAGUUUUAACUCGCAGUUACAGAUGUAGCGACCAACUGUAGUUACUGACAGUGGUUUUCUGAAGUGUUCCUGAGCCCAUGUGGUGAUAUCCUUUACACACCGAUGUCGCUUUUUGAUGCAGUACCGCCUAAGGGAUCCAUUCAAUGUUACGUGCAGUGAUUUCUCCAGAUUCUCUGCACCUUUUGAUGAUAUUACAGAGCGUAGAUGGUGAAAUCCCUAAAUUCCUUGCAAUAGCUGGUUGAGAAAUGUUGAUCUUAAACAAUUUGCUCACGCAUUUGUUGACAAAGUGGUGACCCUCGCCCCGUCCUUGUUUGUGAACGACUGAGCGUUUCGUGGAAGCUGCUUUUAUACCCAAUCAUGGCACCCACCUGUUCCCAAAUAAGUGUUGGAUGAGCAUUCCUCAACUUUCUCAGUCUUUUUUGCCACUUGUGGCAGCUUUUUUGGAACAUGUCGCAGGCAUCAAAUUCCAAAUGAGCUAAUAUUUGCAAAAAAUAACAAAGUUUCUCAGUUGGAACAUGAAAUAUCUUGUCUUUGCAGUCUAUUCAAUUGAAUAUAAGUUGAAAAGUAGAGAUGUCCGAUAUAUGCGUUAAAAUGUAAUAUCGGAAAUUAUCGGUAUCGUUUUUUUUAUUAUCUGUAUCUUUUUUUUUUUUUUUAAU